UGUCAGGGGAAGAGAAGCCUAGGGGGAAUGCUGUUUGCUGGGUAAUACCCGGCUGGGAUCCUGCUGCUUUAGUUCGCUCUCCCGGUCACCUGAGCUACUGCUGGGCCGCCCGUUUCCUGCACUGACCAGCCAUCUCUACUCAAGAGCCUCAUCGGAACAGAACCAUGGGGCAUCCCCCGCUGGAGUUCAGCGAUUGUUACCUGGACAGCCCAGAUUUCCGCGAGAGACUCAAGUGCUAUGAGCAGGAGCUGGAGAGGACCAACAAAUUCAUCAAAGAUGUGAUCAAAGAUGGCAACGCGCUUAUCAGCGCUAUGAGAAGUUACUCUUCUGCUGUUCAGAAAUUUUCCCAGACUCUGCAGUCAUUUCAGUUUGAUUUCAUUGGGGACACUCUGACUGACGACGAGAUUAACAUCGCUGAAUCCUUCAAAGAAUUUGCUGAAUUGCUCAAUGAAGUAGAAAACGAGAGGAUGAUGAUGGUACACAAUGCUAGUGAUUUGCUGAUCAAGCCCCUGGAAAAUUUCCGGAAGGAGCAAAUAGGCUUUACCAAGGAGCGGAAAAAAAAAUUUGAAAAGGAUGGUGAGAGGUUUUAUUCUUUACUGGACCGCCACUUGCAUCUAUCUUCCAAAAAGAAAGAAGCCCAGUUACAAGAGGCAGACCUCCAGGUGGACAAGGAGAGACACAAUUUCUUUGAGUCCUCUCUUGAUUAUGUUUAUCAAAUCCAAGAAGUUCAGGAGUCCAAGAAGUUCAAUAUUGUGGAGCCAGUUUUGGCUUUUCUUCACAGCCUCUUCAUUUCCAACAGCCUGACUGUGGAGCUCACACAGGACUUCCUCCCAUACAAACAACAGCUCCAGCUCAGCUUGCAGAAUACAAGAAAUCAUUUCUCCAGUACCCGGGAAGAAAUGGGAGAACUUAAGAGAAGGAUGAAAGAAGCUCCCCAAACAUGCAAACUGCCAGGACAGCCAACCAUUGAAGGCUAUCUUUAUACGCAAGAAAAAUGGGCUUUGGGAAUAUCCUGGAUGAAAUAUUACUGCCAGUAUGAGAAAGAGACCAAGACUCUCACCAUGAUGCCUAUGGAGCAGAAGCCAGGUGCUAAGCAGGGGCCCUUGGACUUCACCCUGAAGUACUGUGUGAGAAGGAAGACAGAGUCUAUCGACAAGAGGUUCUGUUUUGACAUAGAAACUAAUGAAAGGCCGGGAACCAUCACUCUGCAAGCCCUUUCUGAAGCUAACAGAAGGCUAUGGAUGGAGGCCAUGGAUGGAAAAGAACCUAUCUACCACAGCCCCAUAACAAAACAGGAAGAAAUGGAGCUGAAUGAAAUGGGGUUCAAGUUUGUUAGAAAGUGCAUCAAUGUCAUUGAGGCCAAAGGGAUCAAGACAGAGGGGCUGUACCGCACCGUGGGCAGCAAUAUUCAGGUUCAGAAGCUGCUGAAUGCCUUUUUUGAUCCCAAAUGCCCAGGAGAUAUUGAUUUUCAUAACAGUGACUGGGACAUUAAGACAAUCACCAGCUCCUUGAAAUUCUACCUCAGGAAUCUUUCUGAACCUGUCAUGACCUAUAGACUGCACAAAGAACUGGUCUCUGCUGCCAAAUCUGACAACCUGGAUUACCGGCUGGGAGCUAUUCACUCCCUGGUAUAUAAGCUACCAGAAAAUAACCGAGAGAUGCUGGAACUUCUUAUAAGACACUUGGUCAAUGUGUGUGAGCACAGCCAAGAGAAUCUUAUGACCCCCUCCAACAUGGGCGUGAUCUUUGGGCCCACCCUGAUGAGAGCUCAGGAGGACACUGUGGCCGCCAUGAUGAACAUCAAAUUCCAGAACAUCGUGGUAGAAAUCCUAAUUGAACACUUUGAUAAGAUCUAUUCAGGUCCACCUGAGGAAAGUACUGCACCCCCAGUGCCUCCGCCUCGAGUGACGGCUAGAAGACACAAACCAAUCACAAUUUCAAAGCGGUUGCUACGAGAAAGGACAGUUUUCUAUACUUCUUCCCUGGAUGAAAGUGAAGAUGAAAUCCAACAUCAAACACCUAAUGGUACUAUCACCAGCAGCAUAGAACCCCACAAGCUGCCACAAUACCCCAAACUACCUAUUCAGAAGUUUGGGGAAGCUGAUCCUGGGAGGAAGUCCCCAAGCAGGCCAAUUUCAGAUAGCAAGUUGGAGCCCUGCCCUGAGGUGGACGUGGGGAAGUUGGUAUCCAGGCUGCAGGAUGGAGGGACCAAGACCACCCUAAAGGCCACCAACGGACCAGUGUCAGGCCCUGGGCCCACCAAGGUCUCCUCUUUCCACAUAAAGAGACCAGCUCCCCGGCCCCUGGCUCAACACAAGGAGGGGGACUCUAACAGUUUUAGCAAAGUACGGCCUCUAGGAGAAAAGCCAACCAUCCUCCGUCCCCCGGUGAGGCCUCCAGACCCUCCCUGUCGAGCAGCUACUCCCCAGAAGCCAGAACUAAAGCCAGAUAUUGUGGCUGGCAGUGCAGAGGAGAUCCCAUCAUCCGUGGUGGCUUCCAGGACCAGGUUCUUUGAAACAGCCUCUCGGAAAACAGGAAGUUCGUCUCAAGGCAGACUUCCUGGAGAUGAGAGUUGAGGCCACAGGUUUUAAAAACCUUGGCCUUCGGAGACCCUUUCCAGCUUCUGAAAUUCUUCAAACACUUGCGUGCUGAGUAAUUUUGUGCUGAAGAGCA